AUGGUCACCAUCGUGAACCGACCUAUUCCACAGCAACUUCCUCCGACUUCUAUCGGUUCUCCGCCUUCUGAAUCCCACUCUGCUAUGAUACCGCCCUUUAACGAGAACACACCAGUCUCUGUGCCAGGGGUCCAAUCGAACACCGAUGCAGUUUCACUAGCUGUGAAAGUGGAACUCGUUGGAACGACUCAUACUGAACAAACGAAGACCGCGAUUGUGGUCAGCGACUCGAAGCCUAAUAGCAUCAAGAAGCACCAGCCGAGCACCAAGCCAAUGCGGGUGAGCCCAAAGAUCACUGCGCGAAACCUGUGUGCUCUCGACUGGCAAUCAAACAGUCAUCAAAAGGAACCAGCGACCGUUUUCGCAUCUUACUGGAUUGGGCUAUCUAAAGCCGACAAAGAGAUAUACAAAUGCAAGGCAGCUGUUCAGCUCAAAUCAGCUGCCAGUGGAGUCAGUACUACUGGCGAUGGUGCAGGCGCGGACGAGGAGUAG